CAUGGCGGGCAAAACAAAUUGUUGAAAAAUCAACACAAACAUACAGGACCCGUUUCAAAACCAGACAAUUAGUUCAUCGUAUUGUAAUAUUUUACUUUUGUUUAGUAUUUGCUUAUAGAAGACUGCCUUUUUCUAUUUGUUAAGAAUACAUUUUUAUUUGAAAUCUUGUUUUGAAGGGAACAGAACAAGAGAACAGCUCAGUCAUCUGUCAAAAAUACUGAUCGUGUGUUGUUACCUUAGCUGAAGAUGUCAAACAAGAGACAAAGCAUCGCUCAAACUCCCAGGACUGCUAUAGGGGAAUACCUAGAUGUCUCAAGGACCCAUUCACAGAAAGUCAUCAGAAACAGACAUGAAGGUCUUAUAAGGACCCCUGAGCCUUUGCCAAGGCCGAGGCAUGCUCGAGUGUCUAGCCUGCGUGGUGAAAGACGACGGACGUCCCUGUCUACAAGUGUCGACGUUGAGGACACUCCAAGACAUCUGAUCGAGGGUUUUCUUCAAGAGGAGCACAGUACAGCCCCCCUGGUGAGGGUCCAACGCCGUACCUCCCAGACUGGUGUGUCGACCAGUCAGCCUCCCCGUCUGGAUGUUGGUUCACCGAGGGUUGGGUCCCGCCCAGGAGCGAGGAGGUCUAUUCGGAGGUCAGGGUCUGGGUGGCAAGAAGGUGCCAACAUGUCCAUGGGUUUUGAUAAUGACACCCCGAGGACACUGCUUCAGAAUUUUAUGAGAAACACUUCAUCAUCUAUGGAAACACCCCAGCUGUUAAGAAGGGAUGCGUCACAAGAACGUUCAUCUGGCUUGAGCUCUCCAGACAUACAGCCCCUCGUCAAUGAUACAUACCACACACCAAGCCCAUUUCGUGAGAGUUCAGAAGGUUCAAUGAUAAGCAGAUCGUCUCGGAGAGGAAGAACACCUCACAGGACAGGAAAAUUCAACAUCACCGCCCAAGAGCAGAAUUCUUCCCUGGUGAUUCCAGCCACCAACCCUAAUGACUACACCGUACCGAGCCCGUUCCGGUCAACCUCGGAUUCAGAAGAUGAGGAGGUGAUACCAGACUCUCAGGCCAUACACAGUCAGACAGCCUGCAGUAGGAGGAGAGGCAGCUUCAACUUGACGGUACCAGAGAGCAUGCUUGAACAUCUGAGGUUACAGAGGUCACAGCAGGCUGACCGCCAGUCGAGGGGCAAUAGGAGUGACCACCAUUCAGGAAUCUCCUUGGCUGACCAGCACAGUGACCAGCUUGACCAGUAUGAUGGUCAUCAGGGAGGGGAGGAAGGAUUUGACCGCAGCAGGCAAGAGAUGUUUGAAGAAGGGAAUCAGUAUGAUGAUCAGAUGGCGUAUAGAAACGAUAAUGAUGAUGUAGAUGAUGAUGAUGAAAGGACUGAGUAUACAAGCAGACUGGAGAAUAGGGAAAGUGAUCAUUAUGUUCGUCAGGAAAUGUAUGACAGAGAUGAUGGUCUGGAACAGUACCAAGAUGAGGAGAUGGAUGAUGAUCAGAGUGAACCUUCAGGCCAAUACAGGGAGAAAUCAGGCCAUGAUGAAUCAGAAAGCCUCAGAGAACAUAGAGGUGAUGGCUUAAAGAUUUUACCGGAAGGAGGAAUGUACAUGCUGUCAAUGAAAGUUAGUGAGAGCAGCAUGGAGGAGGAUUAUCGAAACAUGAGCCAUGUUUCAGCUAGUAGUCGCAGUGACAUGUCUAACAUUGGAAUGGCCGAAGUUGAAAAUGGGACUUAUGUUGGAAGAGAUGAGAGUGCAAGCAGAUCCUGUAGGUCGCUGUCAAAUAUGGAAAUGGCUGAUGCGGAAAGUGGGAUGUAUGUGGACAGAGAUGAUGGAGGGAACAGAUCCCGUAGGUCGCUGUCAAAUAUGGAAAUGACUGAUGCGGAAAGUAGGAUGUACGUGGGCAGAGAUGAGAGUGCAAGCAGAUCCCAUAGAUCGGUGUCAAAUAUGGAAAUGACUGAUGCGGAAACUGGGAUGUAUUUGAAUAAAGAUGAGAGUACGAGCAGAUCCUAUAGGUCAUUGUCAAGGUCGAGAGAUGAUCUUGCUGCCAGUAGGUCGGAUAUUAGUAGGAGAAGGCAGAGUUCAUUCUCAGCAGUGAGUCCUGAGGUUGAUACUAUGACCAGGCACCUGAGUAUAAGCGUGGACCUGGAAAGGUCCAUGAAGGCUCGAGACCAGGAGAGAAUGGGUAGAUACAGUGAGGGCCACAAAAGUAGGUUUGGUUCUCCAAGCAGGAGUGAAAAAGACUUGCGAUUAAGUGAUGGUCACUUGCAUGGGAAAGGAUCCCCAUUUGAUAUGCAGAGGUUGAACUCCAGUUAUGAACAUCAGAACCAAGAGAAUCAGUCAAGAUCAGCUUCCAGAAGUGUAGGAAAUCGUUCAUCAAGGGACCUGAAUAUAAGUUCAAGGUCAAGGCACAGCAGUGGUGAAAGUUUCUCUUCUUCUAGAAAUCCUCAUACAUCAUCCAGGUCAUUUGAUGGGGGUCCACAGACUUCUAGCAGGGACAGGUUUCAUGCUGAAAAUAUGGGCCAUGCUACUCUCACAGAUGAUAUGUACCAGUCACCGCGGAGCUUGUUAUCUGGUCGUCGGAGCCCCAGUAUUGCCUCCACCCCUCGGGUUCAAGAGGACUGGGAGUCCUGCAGCGAGCGGGGGGAUGGGAACAGCCCCCUGAAGGCGGUCACACCCUCCCCCGUCGUCUCCCCUCGAGGGGCCAGCCCUGCAAGCUCCUCCCACAGGUCACAGAGGUCAGCCAGAAUGUCAAGAGUGUCUGAUGGGUCAAGGUCAGGGUCAGUCUCAGGUGGUUCAAUGAUGUCCUCAAGGUCACAACAGUCACAGCAGUCACCUAGGAUUCGAAGCCAGGGAGGUAGAACCCCACUAAGGUCAUUGACCCUGCCACAGUCGGAAUCCCAGACGAGAUCAGGGACCUUACAAAGUCAAAGGUCAACUCCAGUACUUCUAAGGUCAUCGCCAAGGCUUCAAGGGUCACCAAGUGCUUCUCUGAGGUCAACAUCAAGGUCGAUGCAAAGGUCAUCUCCACGGACACCAGGGUCAAACAAAGGCACACCUAAAUCAGAGAAAUCUGUCCUAGGCAGUAGCACUAGACGUAUGGGGCUGUCGCAGGCUUCUCCAGUUAUAGCAGGGAAAAGACAAGGAUCGGCUGAGGUGGACGCUCUUCCCCAUCAGACAAUGCUGUUUUCCCCCCCAAUAGCCUCUACCCAGAACAUCGGGGCUCUCUCCCGCCUCUCUCCCCAGCCAUCAACAUCUAGACAGAGUAGAAUCACCGACUUUGUACAGCAGGCAGAAGGCGAAAAUACAAACAUAACCUCCACUGCAGCUGAAAUAACAGUAAAAAGCCCAAAGAAGAAGGUUGUGCGAAAACCUCGUCAGAAGUCUCGCUACCUGAUACCAACGACAACAGUGAGGAAACAUUUCAACCAUUUUGCCGGCAUGCGUGUGGCCAAGGACGCUAUUGAGGAGGUCAUGAAAGUGUCUGAGACGUACUGGGAUAACUUGUGUGCUGACUUGGAGGCAUAUGCCAGACAUGCAGGCAGGAAACGCAUACAGAUGGCCGACUUUGAACUGCUCUUUAAGAGGCAAGGCUAUGUAACAGAGAAGACCAGUCUUAACUCCUUGAUUCGACGCUACCUCCCCUGGGAAGAAGCUGAUAAACUAAUACCAGUCAUUGGCGCAGACAACAAGAUAUACCCAAAACUGUAGACUGCUACCACCGACCAUGCGGUUCAAUAUUGGUGAUUUAAUACCAGUCAUUGGGGCGGACAACAAGAUAUACCCAAAACUGUAGACUGCUACCACCGACCAUGCGGUUCAAUAUUGGUGAUUAUUUACCAGUCAUUGGGGCGGACAACAAGAUAUACCCAAAACUGUAGACUGCUACCACCGACCAUGCGGUUCAAUAUUGGUGAUUUAAUACCAGUCAUUGGGGCGGACAACAAGAUAUACCCAAAACUGUAGACUGCUACCACCGACCAUGUGAUUCAAUGUUAGUGAUUUAAUACCAGUCAUUAUAGUGGACAACAAAAUAUACACUGAAAUUAACACAGCUAUUUCCUUGUGGUUUAUAAUUGAUGAUUAAAGUCCAGGCAUUGGGGCAGAGAACAUAAUGUAUCUUAAAUUAAAAACUGCUAUGGACCACAUUCGGAGCAGGCAACAAAACAUUCUAUAAACUAGACCAUGUGGUUCAAAAUUGGUGAUUUUAGAGCAGUCAUUGAGGCAGACAAAAAGAUAUACAUGUUCUACCACCAGUAUCAAAACUGUCAUAGCAGCAGACAAUAAAAUAUACCUAAACUGUUGACCGCUGUCACAGUGGUUCAAAACUGUCAACUCAUAUGUGAUCAUGCUUGUUAAAAUAUAUAUUUGUAUGUCAGAAGAUUUUUUUUUAAAUAAUUAUGGUGCCUAUAAUAUGUAUUUAUGUAGCUUGACCAUGAUGGUUAUGUAUCAAUUCCUUUUCAUUUUUUGAAUUGAGAUUUUAAGUCUGGAUUGACAGUCAUGUUACAUACAAGGCAAGGAUAUGAUCAUCAAGGAUAUCAUUUGGUAUUCAAUUGUGUACAUGCAUGUAGAUAUUGUUUUGAGAUAAUGUUUGUAAAAAAUAAUUCCUCUGUAUAACAAUUUGUUCGGUAAUUAAUUUAAUGUCAGACAAUGAUUAUCCUUUAAAGUUUGUCUUUUUCUCAAGAAAAGUCAAUGGAUUUUCAUAUUCAAAUGAAACUUGGUAUACAUAUUGCCAAGAGGUAAUACCCAUAUGUAGAACAAGGCAAAUAACUUUGACCUUAAUUAUUAUCAAGUUAUGCCCAUUUUUACUGAAUAAUACAUCCAAUUUCUUUCACCUUUGCUAUAACUCCGAAACUUGGUACAGACACAGACCAUACAUGUAUGUAGCUAGACCCUAACUUGGACCUUAAUUGUUGAGUUAUCCCCCUUUUUCAGGCCUUCCAGCGUUCCUACCUUUUCCUACUUUUUUAACAGCUUCCUACUUUUUUCUAAAAAACUCCUACUAUUCCUACUUUUUUGAAAAUAAAGUCCGCAAAAAUAUUUAAGUUUGAUCAUUGUGCUAGUUUUAUUUGCAGAAAAUGAACAAAAGAUGUCAAACUGGCUGGUUUCUGUUGUUGAAAGGUGUGGCAACAUGUUCCAAUUUGACAUGCAUCAUCUUUCAUAAUAAAGGCUGAGGGAUGAUGAACACACAGUUCAGCAACAGAAACCGACCAAGGAUCAUUCACUAAAAUAUUCAAUGUGGCAUAUAGAAAGGUAUGAUUUUGCAUUAAAAACAUCUCUUCUAGGUAAGUUGAUAGCUAUUAAUAAUUAUAUAUUUAACCAAAAAUAUUCCUUCUUUUCCUACUUUUUUGUAAAAAAUAUUCCUACUAUUUCCUUCUUUUCUCUCAGAAAACCUCCUACUUUUUUGUUAGUGGCUGCUGGAAGGCCCUUUUUCAAAAACAAUUACAGACGAGUGAUUGCAAUCUCUUCACGGUAUUCUUAAUUAGUUUCUUUGUUAUUUAGCAGGCUCACCAAUUACCAUCAGAUAUUUUGUUACAGUAACACUGGACAAGUUAAUUUCUGUGCAUUAUUUAUGUAAGUCAUAUAAUGAUUAAAAUAUUAUACUA